AUGGGUUUUGCGUCGAAGAUAGCCGCUAGCCAGAACAAUAUGGCAAAGAACCCGGGCACAUAUGGAGGGGCUCCGCCAACUGGCUACACUGGAGGACCUCCAGGAGCUCCGACACCUGCAGCAUUACGUCCAGGUGGAUACGUAAGUCUAUUCAGUUGCCUGGUUAGCAAGACGUCAUUUUGCCUUACUGACAUUUCCCACCUUACAGCCAUCGCAGCCGUCGCAGCCAUCGCAGCCGUCGCAGCCAUCGCAGCCAUCGCAACCACAACAACAGUAUCAGGCGUAUCCAGGAUCUCCCCCGCCUUCUCAGGGACCGGGGCAGUGUCCCUCCGCCUGUGCAAAGUCCCGCUAUUGCUCAACAAGGUUACGCACGUCCACCCCCGCCACCACCUCAAGGACAGCCUCAGCCUUAUGGAUCGCCGGCGCCUGGGUACCAGCCAUACCAAGGCCAGCCAUAUCAAAGUCAACAACAAUACCAAAGCCCACAACAAUACCAAAGCCCACAACCUUCCUACUCUGGACAACCGUCAUAUGUACAAAUGCCCACAUGUUAUCCCGAUUACUUUCUUCAUAUGCGUCGCUCUGUAUUUCGAUACAUUCAACCAAGGACAGUACCCGUCCCAGAAUGCACCGUAUCCCGGAGCUCAUGGUGGACCGUCGCUUGCUGCCCCUGCUGCCCCUGCUGGGCAGUAUGGAGCUCCUCCUGCUCAAUAUGGAGCACCUGGUGCACAGGGCCGUCCAGGACCUUCACCUGGCCCUCCUGCUGGACAAUACGGAGCCCCUCCUGGACAGUAUGGUGCACCAGGUGGUGCACAGGGCCGCCCGGGACCUUCUCCUGGACCCCCUGGACAGUACGGAGCACCCGGUGGCGCACCCCCACCUCAAGCAACCACCCCACAGAUGGUUGACGCUUACCGCCGGCUCCUAGUCAGCGCCAUCCAAGAAAAGAGCCUCGAGAGUUUCUACCCACCUGAUCGCCUGGAGCGCCUCGUUCAGUCGCUCUCCCGGGAUGCGCCAGGCAAGCUUGAUCGACUGAUUAACGAGUGGCGUGUGCCCAUGGAAGUUGCUACUGAUGUCAUGAAGCUGGCUCUGUAUGAUGUCAUUCUUUAUGUAGAUGACAGUGGCUCUAUUGAAUUUGAAGAGAAGGGUCUCCGAAAGGACCAACUGCGACAGAUUCUGGGUAUCGUGGCCUCCGCUGCGUCUACCUUUGAUGAGGAUGGAAUCUCUGUGCGAUUCAUGAACUCUUCUGAACAGGGUGAUGGCAUCCGCAACGCAAACGACGUUAACAAUCUAGUUUCCCGCGUUCGUUUCUCCGGACUUACCCCCCUUGGCACCGGUUUGAAAAACAAGGUCAUCGAUCCUCUGGUCGUUGCACCUGCCCGAGCCAACCGUCUCGAGAAGCCAGUUUUGGUGAUCACCAUCACUGAUGGUCAGCCAGCCGGUGAAGCUCACAGCGCAGUUGGUAAUGCGAUCCGCCACGCUAUCGACGAGGUAUCUCGUACCCGAUAUGGCCGUGGCGCCGUUUCGUUCCAGUUCUCUCAAGUUGGAAAUGACCAGCGGGCUCGUGACUUCCUGGGUGAAUUGGACGAGGAUCCCCAGAUCGGCGGUCUGAUUGACUGCACCUCUAACUUCGAGGUUGAGCAGGAUGAGAUGGCCCGAGCUAUCCCGCCCGUCGAUCUGACUCGUGAACUUUGGUGCGCUAAGCUGAUGCUUGGAUCCAUCGACUCGUCGUAUGACACCAAGGACGAGAAAGCUGCCGGUCGUGCCGGGGGUGCCCCGCCUCCGUCUGCACCCUACGGCGGUUAUAACCAGCCGCCUCCUGGUGGCUCUGCCCCUGGCCCCGGCGCUGGUUAUAACGCCCAGCCUGGAUGGCAGGCCGGUCCUCCUCAACAGCAGGCUCCUGGUCAGUAUGGCCAGUAUGGACAGCAGCCACCGCAGCAGGGCUAUGGAUAUGGCGGACCGUCGCCGCAACAACCAACCGGUGGCUAUCCGCCUCCUCCCCGUCGCUACUAA